AUGAGGUCUGUUGGAGACCCUGAAGGGUGUCUAGCGGUUGGGGCUGUCUCCGCCGUGGUGUCUCUUUUGGCUCUUCUUGUGGAGACACCUCGUAUUGGUUAUCAAUAUUUUAAAUGGAGAAAGAAAUUCAAAAGAAAAGCUUCUCGUUUAUUAGAAGGGGCUGUAGCGCAUGCAGCAGAAGCAUCAGGGAGCAGCAAUUAUUUAGAUUUAUUAUUAAUAAUUCCCCCUAAGGGAGGAGGAGAAGGAGACAAUAAGAGUAUAGGUCCCCCUAUAUUAACAGCAGGACAGCAGCAAGGAUAUGCAGAUUUGCUGCAGUUGCUGCUGCUGCGUGCAAGAGCAGCAGCAGCAGCAGAACUCCCUUUCUCCCCUCAAGAGCUACAAACCCUAGGUGUCUCCUUCCCUCUACCUAAUGAGGAAAGGGACUGUCUCCUUAAUAUACAGCAGCGCAGCAGCACAACAGGUCUGCAGAUAAAAGGAGACAGCGAGUUGCUGCUGCCCCCGCAUAUGAGUAAGACAGGCCUGUAUGGUUCCUUAGCAGCAGCAGACGAGGCAGCACUUGUUGCGCUGCUGCAGCAGCAGCAACCGCAGCAACAGCAGCAGCAGCAGGAGCAGCAGGAGCAGGAGCAGCAGGAGGCAUCUCUUGCCUUCUUCUCUGUCUCCCUUAUGAUGGCAUUAAAGGCAAGGAGACAGCUAUGGCAGCAACUAGCAGAGAUAGGCAGCAGCAAAGGAGACAGUUGCUGCUGCAGCAAGGAGACACCUGCUGUUGAUGUAGUAGGUCUUGAUGUAUGGCGGCAGCUGUAUCGUAAGCUGCAGCAGGCAGGCGUGCUGCUGCAGCAGGAGACAGCAGCAGCAGAAGAAGAAGCAGCAGCAGCUGCUGCUGCUGCUGAAGGGGAAGAAGGAAAGGAGGCCGAUGAGGAACUGCAGCAGCGGCUGCAGCUGCUGCAGCGUGUAGGGGCUGUGCAUGAGCAGCAGCAGCAGGAGCUGCUGCAGCUAAUAAGCAGCAAGGUACAGGAGGAAGCAGAUGGUAUAGGGCAGGUAGCAGCAAAUAUAAGAAUAGAGGGGACAGGAGAUCAGACACCAGAAGCAGCAGCAGCAGCAGCAGCAGCAGAACUUACUUCCUUACGCAGCAGACUAGAUAUGCUGCAGCAAACAGCAGCAGAGAUCGGGCUGCCGCAGCAAAUGCUGCAGCAAGCAGCAGACAGUCUCCUUAGAGCAGCGCAGCAGAGUCAUAGCGAGGAGGAUGUCCCCUUCGUAGCAUUAGACGGAGAGGAGACAACAGCAGCAGCAACAGGAACAGCAGCAGAAGGAGCAGCAGCAGCAGCAGAAGGAGCAGCAGCAGCAGCAGCUGCUGCUGCUGUCCAGGAAGAAAAUGACGAAUCAAUAGAGAUGAUUGAUUUCCCAUUUGAGUAA